AUGGCGCCACCACGAGCAUCACCGUAUAACAACGGACUGGUUUUUGCACAUAAUUUUUGUAUAACACCGAGUCGUCAAAAGAUUGCUUCUGGUUUGCCCCAGGGAUUCAUUAAAACCGGAUUCUUUGGUGUUGAGCAGGAUCGAGCUGACAAGAUGGAACUUUGUGUUGCUGCAGUGCUUUUGUCCUACUUCGCUCCAGCUUUGGGAUCAGCUUUUGGCAGGGAAAUGCCAGCUUCUCAAAUGGAUGAAAUUCAUGAAUACGACAAGCCAUUUCAUUAUGAUUAUGAAUCUCUGAGGAUCGGUGGUAUGAUCUUUGCUGUGAUCCUCUUCUUGAUGGGGAUCUUCCUCAUUGUCAGUCGGAAAUGCCGCUGCAAAGGGAACAAGUCAAAGCCAGUGGGUAUUGACACAGAGGCAGCCAGAGGUGCAAAAUAAAGUAAGCUGAGGGAACAGAGAAAAAGAAAGCAUGGCUUCUUAAGGAGAAAUCUUAAUCAGAACUUUGACCAUUUGGAAGAAGAAAAAGUCACUUGAGGAUUUAGUUCUUCUAGUGUUCACAAUUUUAAAAUUUUUAUGUCUUUGUCUCUGGGUACA